UUCUCCAGUGUCUCCACACGGAGGCGCUGCAGCUCCACUGUCCACAGACCUGCGUGAAGAAGGCACAAUGGCAGCCACCAUGAAGGGACCUGUCGCUGUUGAAGAUGUGAAUGUCACAUUUGAGGACCAGCAAAAAAUUAACAAAUUUGCACGAAACACGAGUCGAAUGGCAGAACUAAAAAAUGAAAUAGAGGCAAAAAGGAAGUCCCUCCAGAACCUGCAGGACGCGGGGGACGACCUGAUGAUGUUGGACGAUGACGCUCUCAUGGUGCCAUUUCAGAUCGGAGACGUGUUCAUCAGUCACUCACAGGAAGAGACACAGGAAAUGCUGGAGGCCGCUAAGGAGACUCUGGAGCAGGAGGUCAAAUGUCUGGAGGAGCGCGUCUCGUCCAUUCAGCAGCUUCUGGGAGAUUUGAAGGUUCAACUUUACGCCAAAUUCGGAAACAACAUUAACCUGGAGGCGGACGAGAGCUGAGCCGAGAGAGGCUGGGACAGAUCACCUCCAGUCGGACACUUUGUUUGACCUAUGCUCUGGUUCUUGCGUCAUAUCCCCCGUGGACCUGCCAUUCUAAACCCCUCCACCUCUCCCCAUAUUGAUGACUCUUAGAAUAUUGUAUUUCCAGAUUUGGGUCUCAUCAAGGACAGAAGCAGAGAUUAGCAUGAAAUAAAUUCAUUUUUGUUAAAACCA